UUCAGCAUAUGCUCUGCUGCUGUCACUUCCAACAAAGCACCAGGACCACAGGAAACGACUGCGCCACACAUCUCCGGCCUCAAAGUGUCACUGUUCUCCUUUUAAUCAACACACGGUUCAGAGUCCCCUGGAUAUUGUAGAUGCAGCAUACGUUGUGAACAGCCUAGAGAGAGGUGCGGCCUUGGACCCCAAUAUGCUCAGGAAAUUGACAGCAUUUGCGACACUCAGAACCAAACAUGGCAGCAAUAAGCACGUGGCAUAAUAAGAGCUCUCAGGUUCCCACCAAAACAAGGAAGGAAGCCGGCAUGCUGUGUGCAGGGAUGCAGCCAACUGAGUAUAAAAUCCCAGAGCCCAGCACCUCACACACACCUCACUCACACUCACACUCACACUCACACUCACUCCCAGCCCAACCCCGCCAUGGCCGCCUCCACCAUGUCCGUUUGCUCUGAGCCCUGGCAGGUGGACGACUGCCCAGAGAGCUGCUGCGAGCCCCCCUGCUGCGCCCCCAGCUGCUGCCAGCCCAGCUGCUGCGCCCCGGCCCCCUGCCUGAGCCUCAUCUGCACCCCAGUGAGCUGUGAGUCCAGCCCGAGCUGCCAGCCGGCUUGCUGCUCCUCCUCCUGCCAGCCGUCCUGCUGUGAGUCCGUCUGCUGCAAGCCUGUGUGCUGCACACCCGUCUGCUGCAAGCCCGUCUGCUGCACCCCAGUCUGCUGCAAACCUGUCUGCUGCAAGCCUGUCUGCUGCACACCUGCCUGUUGCACACCUGUCUGCUGCAAGCCCGUCUGCUGUACACCCAUCUGCUCUGGAUCCUCCUCCUCCAGCUGCCAGCAGUCUGGCUGCCAGCCGGCUUGCUGCUCCUCCCCCUGUGAGCCGUCCUGCUGUGUGUCCAUCUGCUGCAAACCCGUCUGCUGCACACCCUCCUCCUCCUCCGUGUCCCUGCUCUGCCGCCCCGUGUGCAGACCCGCCUGCUGA